UUCAGCUUAAAACUAGACCCGGCCGGGGCGCCCAGUUAGCUCAGUCGGUAGAGCUCAGCUGGCGACCCAUAUACGGAGUUGCUGCAGCGGCCCGGGUUCGGAUCCGACCUGCGGCCCUUUGCUGCGUGUCAUCCCCUCUCUCUCCACCCACCUUUCCUGUCUCUAUAAAUAAAGCCAUCAAAAGGCCAAAAGAAUAACUUCAACAAAAAAAAACUACACCGGCAAACUGAAUGAUAUAAUAAUAAUAACAUAGUGAUAAAUAUUCAAAUAUCUAAUUUUAUAUAUAUACAUAUAAUUCCAAUAUAUCAAUACAUCAGUGUGGACUGGUCAGAGCAUGAAGGAGACUUUUACCUGUGUAUGUCUCUGUUACCAUGGAGGCGUGAAGGUGACUUUCACAUGUCAGUAAAACAAACUUUAUCAGAAACUCAGGAACACAAACAACCUAACCCUAACCCUGUAUAAACACUCCAAAACAUUACACUGUGACUCAUAAUAACACUAAUAUCUGUAUAUUAUAACUACUAAUAAUACUAAUAACUGUAUAUUAUAACUACAACUAAUACUAAUAACUUUAUAUUAUAACUACUACUAAUACUAAUAACUUUAUAUUAUAACUACUACUAAUACUAAUAACUUUAUAUUAUAACUACUACUAAUACUAAUAACUGUAUAUUAUAACUACUAAUAAUACUAAUAACUUUAUAUUAUAACUACUAAUAAUAUAUAUAACUAUUUUUUUAGAUAAUUUCACCACAUUAAAAAAUAAAGGUGCUAUAAGCUUACUCCGCCCACUCAGUUUGUCCAAUCACAUCAAAGAUAAACAAAGAUAAACAGAUAUAAACAGAAUCGCUCUGCUGCAGGAAAGCGGACUAACAGACCGACCGUUUGAUCUUUGGAAGAUCUUUCUUCUAUUUUUUAAUAUUGAUGCUUUUUUUUGAUUUACUGGUUCCAGUGGUGCUGAUCUUGGUGGCCCGGUCCUGGUGGUUCUGGUCCUGGUGGUUCUGGUCCUGGUUACCUAGGACAUGGAGCGUCGUCAGAGUCUGGAGGAGCAGCUCAGGUGUCCUGUCUGUCUGGACGUCUUCACUGAACCACUGAUGUUACAGUGUGGACACUCCUACUGCAAGUGUUGUGUGCACUCUAUGACGAUGGACCUGCUGGGUCAGCUACAGUGUCCUGUGUGCCGCUGUGCUGUAGACGGAGACAGUCCUCCUCCCAACGUCAGUUUGGCUCGAAUCAUUGAGGCUCUGCAGGAAGUGAGUGUUUCAGGAGAAGCUCAGCCGGAGUCGUGUCCUCAGCAUCACAACCCGCUCAGCCUUUACUGCGAGGAUGAACGAAUGGUGAUCUGUGGCCUUUGUGGAAGUAUUGGUGCUCACCGUGGACACAAAAUCACACCUGUGAGCUCAGUGUACAGCCACAUGAAGGAGGACAUUUCCUGUCUGAUGACAGAGUUCCAGCAUCAGAAACGUAAACUGGAGGAUCAGAUCUGUAAAAUGGCGUACAACAAAUCCAGGAUCACAAACGAGUCUGACGUCCUGAAGUGGGUGGUGAGGAAGGAGUUUGGUGAACUGCGGCGCUGCCUGGAGGUGGAGGAGGCAGGGUUCAUGCAGCAGGUAGAGACGUCGGCCGCUGACCUCAUCUCGUCCCUCCAGAACCAAACAGACAGGUUAAACCUGAACCUAAACCGGCUGCAGGAGGCCCAGAACACCCUGCAGGACCUGAGCAAUGAGGGACACCUGGGCUUCAUCAUGAAGUAUGGAUCAAUUGCUCCGAGGUUUAGGGAGAUCCAGGAGCUCCAGCAGAAACAGGAGAGAAUCUUCAGCUCUCUCAACUUUAAACCAGGUUUCAACCACAACGACAUUAAACUUACUGUUUGGAAAAGAUUACACCGAAAAGUCCUGCCAGCUCCAGAGCCGUUGAAGCUGGAUCCUCAAACUGCUCACCCAAUGUUGGAACUCCAUCAUGGGCACACAGUGGUGGCCUGUAGAGCCCUGCUGCUGAGGCUUCCUGAUAAUCCAGAGAGGUUCAGUUACAGCUACUGCGUCCUGGCCAACCGAGGCUUUUCCUCUGGCAAACAUUACUGGGAGGUGGAGGUGGGUAACAAACCUAAAUGGCGUCUGGGGUUGAUCAAAGGAACGACAAAUCGAAAGGCCAAGCUUGUAAAGAAUCCAGAGAGUGGAGUGUGGUUGAUUGGACUGAAGGACGGAGUUUAUGAAGCCUUCGACUCACCCAGGGUGGUCCUGCCCGUUUUGUGUUCCCCCCAACGGGUGGGACUCUUCCUGGACUAUGAGGGCAGAGGUCUGACCUUCUAUAACACUGACAGUCCUGAUGAGCUGGUCUUCAUCUACAGUUUCAGGUUGGAGGUCCAAGGGAAAGUCUACCCCCUGCUGGACGUCUGCUGGCAUGACCGAGGAGACAACAAACACCCCAUUGUCCUCCCACAACCUCAUAGGGAGCACCUCCUCCCCCUCCCCCAGUCCCAGAUACAUGAAAAGUAACCAAAAAUCCUCCUUUAUUAAGACAGUAUCUCCUGUUAUUUAAAAUCAAUAAUGAAUUCAUUAGUGUCUUUAACCCUAAUUAAUCACCAUAUUUACACAAAUUUAUUAUUUCAUCUCAAUGUUCUUCCAGUGUGAGUCAUCUUCACUUAUUUCUAUUAUUUGAUUAAAGCAGACAAACAUUUAAAAUACAGGCUUAUGACAUGAAGCUCUACUUCAGUUUUCAGAAAGGCAGGCUGGUUUAAACAGAGGCUACUGAGGAAAUUAUAAAUGAGAGAUUCAUCAGUUUGUUUGGGUGGAGUGAGAUUUGUACUCUUAAUUUGAGUUACAAUUCCCUUUUCUUAAAUGUGUAGUCUUAGUUUUAGUUACAUUGUUCUUAAUCUAUCUUGGGUUCAUUGCACUCCUUAAAAUUUUUUUUUUUUAUUACUAAAAAUAAACUCAGGGUUAGGGGGAUUAGGGGGGUUAGGGAUUAGGAUAAGUUAAUUUUUCUUGACGACUCCCCCUACCUGGUCCCUUGACUCUGUAGUUAAACUGGGGAGCCUAAGGAAAGGCAUGGGCCACUGCAUGUCUUCCACACCUCUCCAUUCCCACAUAACUUCCUGCUUGUUUCUCUGUCUUAUUGUAAGGCUCCUUAAAUAAAGGAUUUUGGAAUACUGA